AUGUCAGGAUUAUUUAUAUUAUAAAAAUAAACAAAUAAUUUAUAAUUAAUUGUUCCAUAAAUAUUUUCUGCAUAAAGUUUCAGAAAAACAGACGGAGUGGGGUGCUAAUUACACGUGUAAUUAUACGUGUAAUUAACGCUCUUUCAGGAGAUACUCAGACACUCCUUCAUAUUAAAAAUGACUAAUUAUUGUUAUUAUGCCUAUGAAAGAUAACAAAACAGUAAACCAUAUCCCCUUCAUCUCGGUAAUACCGUAAAAAAUCGUUAAUCCAGUGAAUAGCUCGUAAGACCAUUUCAGCGCCCUUCUCUCCAGCCUAACACAUUUAAACAACAAAAUGCCCAACAACUAAAUGCAGGUGGCCUAAAGGCUUCAUUUCACUCUAGACUUACACAACAAGCUCAAAAAGACUUAAAUGAUCCUGAACUUAUAAAUGUUCAAAAAACUGUAAUAAAUGCAGAGAAAGCUCAUCACCCAGCUGGACUUCAAGGGGCAUUUCUUAUUCGUCAACAAAACAACAUGGACAAUGAUUCUACCACUGACACCUCUUCUACAGCCUCUUCGACUUACCUGAAUCAGUAUUUAAGACAACCCGAUGACCUUAGUCAUGGUAAUGUGGAAAGUUUAGAAAGCCCUUACCCGGUGGGCUACAGUUCUAUCCAUAGAUUAGGAAAUUUAAAUUUAAAAGAUGGAGGAUCGAAGUUAAAAAGGGCUUUCGAGGCUAGAACCGGGGGGACUGUACGGAGAAACUUGGGAAACAACCAACAAAAAGAAAAAUUAGAGGAACAUGCCAAUAUAAUUGUUUCAAAAAUGGAGCAGGAUGAGGCUUUAAUGGAGGAUUCUCCUGAUGCUGAAGAACUAAGGAGGACGGCCCUCAGGGACAUGCCACAAUGUCUCACGAUAAAACGAUGCGUCAGAGUGAAAUUGUCUAAAUCGGUAAGCCAAAGAUCGAAAAAAAGAACCAUAACCUGCUGGAAAAUGCUGAAAUACCAAAUUAGCAUGGGUUUCACUAAGUUUAAAAUAAAUACGAGAGAUUUGGCCUACUCGUUUGAGCUCUGGUAUGGGGCACUCAAAAGGAUCGAGGGCCAUUUUGGGACAGGGGUGGCCUCGUAUUUUAAAUUCCUCCGAUGGUUGUUUCUUGUAAAUUUAUCCAUUGCGGUUCUCAGCAGUUGCUUUAUUGUUAUUCCCAAGAUAGAUCAGAAUAUUGGGUCUCCUGGAUGGGGAAUCGUAUCGGAUCUAAUCUCUGGACAAGGGUAUCUCACAAACACUGUCAUGUAUUAUGGUUUUUACACCAAUGAGACUUUAAGUAGCGGUAGUUUGCAUUAUAGUAUGCCGCAUGCUUACUUUUUCACCAUGUUAGCCAUUUAUUUUGUUUGUUUUUUAGUUAUAGGCGUAAGUGCUGCCAAGUCCUACAGGAGAAGCUUCAUAGAAACAGAGGGUGGCCUAAAAAAUAUAUUCGCCAAUAAGAUCUUUUGCGGUUGGGAUUACAAUAUAGCCACCAAAGAUGCGGCCGAAUUAAAAUCGAAAGCCAUUUUUAACGAAUUAAGGGAAUUAAUCUGGGACUAUACGAAGACCAAAUACAAACAACCGUUCCAGCAAAAGUUUCGCACCGCUAUAAUUCAAUUUUUCACGAAUAUCUUGGUGGUUUGCUUGAUAAUGGCCACCGGUUAUGCCCAGUGGUAUUUUUUGAAUAAUAUCCCGUCGAAUAGGGAGAAUCGGUUGGUCGUGGUGCCGAUUUUCGUUAAUAUCGUGAUGACUUUCUUGCCGAUGUUUUUAAGUUUCGUUGUUAGGUAUGAAGACUACAAAAGCCCAAAAGUAUCCCUGUAUUUAACACUUGCCAGAACGUUUCUCCUGGGGGCUGUUACUGUUGGAGUGUUGGUAACUUACUGGCUUAAAAACGACAAAUCCCUUUGCUGGGAAACUUCUUUGGCACAAGAGUUUUACAGGAUGAUCAUUUUUGAUUUUUUUAUAUCGGUUGCAUGUGCUGCCCUCUUAGAUGUUUUACUUUAUUUCAUUUACAAGCUUUUGAAAACUACUAGCUCAUUAGAAUUCGAUAUAGCUUGGAAUACGAUGCAAAUCAUAUAUAACCAAACCCUAUUUUGGAUGGGUCUAAUGUUCUCGCCAAUAUUACCAAUCGUUAUGGUGAUAAAACUGUUUUUAACGUGGUACAUAAGGCUUUUUAUAGCGUUAUUCUUGUGUAGGCCUUCGGCUAAGACCUGGAGGGCCGCCCAGACUUCCACGUGGUUUCUGGUUAUGACUUUCUUAAGUUUUACUGUUAUUACUGGGGUGCUUGGAUAUAUAAUCUCUUCAAUUCAGACUUCUAAGGAGUGCGGUCCGUUCAGGAAUUACGAUCAUAUCUAUGAAAUUGUAACUUUGGGGAUGUUACAGUUGAAGAAAAAUAGCACCAUAUGGACGGUGGUUUUGUAUAUCACCAAACCUGGGGUUAUUGCUUUGAUUUUGUUGUUUUUGAGUGCAAAAGUGUAUUAUUCAAGGGCCCAAGCGAACGCCCAAAAAGAAAUCGUGGCCCAGUGUCGAAACAUGUUAGUUUGGUCCGCCAAAGAUAAAGAAUACUACUACUCGAUGAUCUCUAAAGUUACCAAAGGGCAGUGGCAAUAUAAAUUUCACGAAAAAACUUUUAGUCCUGAACUAUAUGCUACUGACGUCUACUUUAAUGGAAACAAAGGGAGCGGAGAUGAAUCGAUCUCAAUCCAACAGUUUUCUAGUCCUACCUCAGGUACUUCAUUGCUCCCUAGUUCGUCAACGUCUUCCGACAUGGAUUACCAAGAAUAUUAUAAAAAAAUUAGUUAAUAUUGUGAUCUUAGUUAAAUAAUGAUAUAUUAAAUGUAAUGUUGCUUUUAAAAUAUUGUGCCAAAAACUGUUUUUAUUAAUGUAAUGUUUUUUAUGGAAUUAAAUAGAAUCUUUAUUAAAAUUGUG